UUUUAUAUUUUAUUUUUUUUACCUAAACCUCUCUCCCUAACCACAAUUUCGUGUUUUGUGAACUCCUCCGACCGGCAAAGGGCGACGGCAUCAGCGAUUCGGAAACGGCGACUCCUCUUCUCUUCUCUAGAUGAGUCGAUCAAGGGAAGCAACCACCAUGAAGCGGAAAAGACCAGACUUGGAUUCACCUACUCGGGGACUUCCAGAUGCUGAACGUGUAGUGCUCAGUCUGGUAAAAAAUAAAAGGAAUCUGGGCAUCUGGGUGGUAGAGGUGAAAAAGGAGGCAAACCUCCCACCAACUCUUGUGGAUAAAUCCCUGACCGCACUCGUGAAAAAGAAGUUGAUAAAACAAGUUGUGAAUAUCCAAAAUAAGGGAAAGAAGCAUUACAUGGCUGUUGAGUUUGAACCUUCGGAGGAACUGACUGGUGGUUCAUGGUACUCUGAGGGAAAUCUUGAUAAGGAAUUCAUCACCGUUCUCAGAGACACAUGCUUCAAGGUCAUAGAAUUGCUGAAAGUUGCUACUGUGGAGGGAAUCCACAACUUCUUGAAGAAAAGGAAAGUUGUUGAGUGCACAAGUCAGCAAAUUGCGGAAAUAUUGAACUCUAUGGUUCUAGACAAUGCUAUUAUAGAGGUGAAGAGCACUGGAUUGGGAGAAUAUCAUUCUAUUCCUGUUGGAUCAGUUUGUUAUCGAACUUCAAGCGGAGUUGCUUUAGGGACUGGUCCGAAAACAAUAGGGCCAAUGGCUUCAAUUCCAUGUGGUGCUUGCCCUAGGAUUAGUCAAUGUUCACCCAAUGGAGUUAUAUCCCCACAAACAUGUGUCUACUACACUAAAUGGUUGAACACUGAAUUUUGAUGGACUUCUGAAAAGUAAAUCCGGUGUACACUGCACUACCACAUAUUGGUUGCUAUCUGAUUUCUUGUUAAUCUUUUUGUUUAGAUGGAAACAACUUUCUGAUUACUCACAGUUUUCAGUUUUUAUUAGAAUGUUUGAACUCAGUAGAAAUA